AUGGCCGCCGAACCCAAUGCCCGUGCCCUCAACUGCGUGGAGUGCAAGAAACCAUGCCAGGACAAGCCUCAUACCGUCAAGGGCCGUGACAAGGACGGCAACGUCACCCGCGUCAUCUGUUCCGACUGCAACGGCCUCAAGAAGCGCAUCUUCGACCUCAGCCAGAUGGAGGACGCCCCAGAAGGGUUCGUGAUGGUCAAAGGCGACGAGCGCGCACAGUUCAUGGCCGAUUGCGCUGGCCUCUAUGGCACAGAUCUCUUGAAUAAGAUGCAGGAGUGGACGACGAACAAGACGUCGAAGAGCCGCGAGACCCAGGACGGCGAAUACGGCGACGCGAUGCCCGUCUGCAUCGCCGCCGAGCUGCCGCAAUUCGUGAAGGACCCUGCCGCGUUCGAGCGGCUGUGCAGUCAGCCUAACAUGACAUUCGAAUGCAAGCACAGCGGCAUGCAGAUGGUGUAUGUGCCCGUGUACAAGAAUCAGGACGUGAACACACGGCUUGACCAGGAUGAACAGAUCCGUGAGACCAGCGGCGAGGCCAAACUCAAGAAGUCGAAGCCUCAGAGGGCGCCCAGGGACCCCAAGAGUGAUGCACCUAAGCCGACGCCCGAGGCCCUCAAGAAAAAGGUCGACAAGGCUGUCCAAGAGAUCGACGCUUGGCUCCACGCGGCGGCUGGCCCGCUCACGCACGCGAAAGUCGACAGUGACAACUCGUACGUGCCCGCCCGCCUCGUCACCAAGGUCGAGUCUAUUGGCACCGAGCUCGAGGAGAUGAAGGGCAAAUUCAAUGAGCGCGCACAGUUCAUGGCCGAUUGCGCUGGCCUCUAUGGCACAGAUCUCUUGAAUAAGAUGCAGGAGUGGACGACGAACAAGACGUCGAAGAGCCGCGAGACCCAGGACGGCGAAUACGGCGACGCGAUGCCCGUCUGCAUCGCCGCCGAGCUGCCGCAAUUCGUGAAGGACCCUGCCGCGUUCGAGCGGCUGUGCAGUCAGCCUAACAUGACAUUCGAAUGCAAGCACAGCGGCAUGCAGAUGGUGUAUGUGCCCGUGUACAAGAAUCAGGACGUGAACACACGGCUUGACCAGGAUGAACAGAUCCGUGAGACCAGCGGCGAGGCCAAACUCAAGAAGUCGAAGCCUCAGAGGGCGCCCAGGGACCCCAAGAGUGAUGCACCUAAGCCGACGCCCGAGGCCCUCAAGAAAAAGGUCGACAAGGCUGUCCAAGAGAUCGACGCUUGGCUCCACGCGGCGGCUGGCCCGCUCACGCACGCGAAAGUCGACAGUGACAACUCGUACGUGCCCGCCCGCCUCGUCACCAAGGUCGAGUCUAUUGGCACCGAGCUCGAGGAGAUGAAGGGCAAAUUCAAUGAGGCGGUGGAUCAGAAGAUGGAGAGGGGCCACGUGCUGAACUUGUUCGAGCAGUCCAAGCUGAUCGGCAGUCGCCACCAG